GAAUCAUAUAUAAACCCUCUUGACAUGUUAGGCCGGAAAAACAGACCAGACCGUUAGAAAAAUCGUGGUCCAAACCGUACCGUACAGUUUGGUUCGGACCGUAGACUGUUAGGUAUGGUAUGGUCUGGUUUAGACCGCGGUUUACCGGACCAAACCGUGGACCAAACCGACUUGUCAAUACGUGUUAACAGCCUAUUUGACCACUCUCGCCCAACUCCCACAACGACACCCAAGUCUCAACCUUAAUUUUGUGAAUCUCGUCUCUCUUUCAUUCACGCAACCACAUUUAACCAGAGAGUAGAGAUAAUCAUGCCUCGAUAUGACAUUAUGUUAAUGUUUUAUGACGUUAUGGUGCAAGUUGGGAUGCUUUUACUUCAAAUUUUUGUUUAUGUACUAAGAAUUAGAGUACCAAAAUUAUUCAUGCAUGUUAGGAUUAAUGUUUUAAGGCAAAUAACAAUGAUUUUUCUUGGUUAUUAGUUCAAUUUAUUUGUGUGGUUGACUAAACAAAUUGUUCAUUUUUCGUUGAGUGUGGUCUAUCUAGACCAGACCAGACCAGAUCAGACAGAACCAAACCGCACAGGCGUGGUCUGGACUGAACCGUAUAGUCUGUGGUCUAUACUUCAGUCUCUCGAUCUGGACCAUAAACCGUAUAUAACAUACCAGACCGCACCAAUUCCCCGCCCUAAUUUCAAGGUGGAAUGAUUCAUACCGGAGAUGAUAAAACGCUAAAUUUUAUACGUGCUGCUGCGGUUUUGAAUUUUGUACCCUUUACUUUUUCCCUUUCCCUAAUAUAAAAAACCAACUCAUAAAAACAAAAAAAGUUGAUACCAACUCCAAUUAACUGGCUUAAGCUAGCUACCAAAUACUCGAACACUGUAGUGCUUCCUCGUUCUGUACUCCACCUCUACCUGCUCAAUGUUGAUAUGAAUAAAUAAACAAACUCUUCGUACUUAGCAAUAAUAUAUACUAAUUAAGUAAUUAACCAACCCCAUUAAACCAUAAUCAGUUCAGAGUUUCGCCAAAAUAAAUAGAUCCCGUCCGUGACCGUGGGUGAACGCCGACCAGCAAAAUGGCACGACGACAGUACUCAUCCUCCUCCUCCUCGACGUCGCCGUUCUCAUUAGUAGUCUUCAUAAUGUUCAGUAUUCUGGCGUCGACGCAGCAGCCGGCGGCGGCGGCGGCUUCUCUGAAAGUGGGGUUCUACAAGUCCUCCUGUCCCUCCGUCGAAGCGGUCGUCCGAAGAGCUGUGACCAGAGCCGUUUCUCGAGAUCCGGGCCUCGGCGCCGGCAUUAUCCGGAUGCACUUCCACGACUGCUUCGUCAGGGGCUGCGACGGGUCGGUCCUACUGAAAUCCGAACCGGGCGGGAAAAAAACCGAGCGGGACCACCCGGCCAACAACCCGACCCUGCGGGGGUUCGAACCGAUCGACGAGGCGAAAUCGAACCUGGAAUCGAUCUGCCCGAACACCGUCUCCUGCGCCGACAUCCUGGCCUUCGCCGCCCGCGACAGCUCCUUCCACCUCGGCCGCAUCACUUACGCCGUCCCCGCCGGCCGCCGCGACGGCCGGAUCUCCCUCUUCGACGAUAUCCCCGCGAACCUCCCGCCGCCGAGCUUCACCGCCGCCCAGCUGGCGGCCAGCUUCGCGCGCAAGGGUCUGACGGCGGACGACAUGGUGGCCCUCUCGGGGGCCCACUCGAUCGGCGUGGCCCACUGCUCCUCGUUCUCCGCGCGGCUCUACUCCUUCAACGCCACCCACGCGCAGGACCCGUUGCUGGACGGCGCGUACGCGGCCGAGCUGAAGCGGAGGUGUCCCGUUGGUGGUGGUGGUGACGUGGCGGUGGGGCUCGAUGCGACGCCGGAUCGGUUGGAUGGUAAUUAUUACGGGGAGCUGAGGAAGGGGAGGGGGUUGCUGAGUUCCGACCAGACGCUGAUGGAGAGCGCGCUGACGAAGAAGCGCGUGGUGGGGUUCGCGAGUGGUGGGAAAGGUGGUGGCGCGUGGGCUGGGAAGUUUGCUAAGGCGAUGGUGAAGAUGGGGGCGAUUGAGGUUCUGACGGGGAGUCGUGGCGAGAUUCGGAAACGGUGUGAUUUUGUCAAUUGAAUGAAUUUUGUUGGUUUGACCGGAGGUCGGGUUCAGUACUUUGAUCCUUUUGUUUGUAACGGUGUGCAUGCAAAUCCCAACUUAAAUUACGAUGCAAUAAUGUGUGCUUCGUUUACAAGCAGGGUGGCAUUUCGGUUAUUUCGGUUAUAACCAAUCGGUCGGUUAUUGGUUAAUCGAAAUAAUCACUCCUCCUACCGAAAACUGCCCGAAAUAAGCUUGGUUUCUCGGUUAUCUCAGUUAUCGGUUAACCGACCCACUUUUAAGACACAAAAAUAUUUCUAGCCUCCGAUAACCGACCGAAGUUCGGUUACUUCGAUUACCGGUUAGUGAAUAACUGGCCGGUUAUCAGUUUACCCGGCCGGUUAACCGGUGACCGGUAACCGAACUGCCACCCCUAAUUACAAGGCGUAGUCAUAAUUUCGUGUAAUUUGGGAAUAUUUCCAACAAAUAAAACGUCGAACAAAGUAAACCAAUAUGGAAAAUCACCGUACCUUUAGUCCUCGGUACGUAGUGAAGUGGUUAAGUACCAUCGAAUAGUCUUCUCUUAUCAAUUUGAGUUCUAUGAUCGUGCACUUAAAUAAAACACUAACUAGAUUAGUAUAUCAUGCCACUUCUUUAUCGUCAUAAACCAAGUGAUCUCAAUAAAUCAGUCUAGUGUCAUGUAUUUAUACAAUUUUAUUUUCUAUUUAAUUAAACGAGUUCAUUACAAGUGAUCCAAAUUAAAAAGGCCCAACACGUCUUAUAUUUGUAUGAGGAUAGAUAGAUGCAUGAUACUAACCUAGUUAGUGUUUUAUGGGAGUUCCAGCUAAACUAGGAAAUAAAGAAUUUUGAGGUUGUGGUCUUCAAUAUACGAAGGUCGAAACUCAUCUUCUCUUCUCACCAUAUCAGAAAGAUUAGAAAUAUAUUUUAUAUGAGAUCCGAGAUGAUCGACUUGGUUGGGGAAGGUUACAACACCUCUCAAAGUGUGUUCUAGGGUACCAUCCGAUCACCGAUCUGUCUUUAAAGUUUCACAUAAAGUUAAUGGGAAGAAGUCAACACGAAAUUAAGCGGGGUGGGUACCUUAAUAUCCAUGUCCCGUCCCACGCCACUGCGGGUAAUACCCACACGGGUAUGGGGCGGGACGGGUCGACCCACUAUUAAAUGUUAUUUGACAUAAUACACACAUAAUUUUACUGUUACUAUAAAACAAACGGAAAAACAUUUUAUGAAUGAAAAAUAGUGAUAAUAAAAAUGGAUAGUUGAGCCUAACUAGUUGAAAGAUCAACUCUAAUUAUUUGAAGAAAGUCAAAUAUAGGAAAAAUAUGAAUAGAUAUUUUAAGAAAUUGAGAUAGAAUAGUUAAAGCAAAGAACAAAGUGGGGCGAAACGGGACACGUAAGAAGUAGAUACUCGUGUUCCGUCCUAUUGCGAACCAGGUCGAGCAAUACCCGAAAUGACGGUUUCAAUCAUCCCUAUCGUUAACCCCCUAACACUACAAUAAAAGAGUGAUUUAGUAACAAUUAUUUUUACCAUUAACCCAGAAUACCUUUCGUUUUCCAAGUUUUUUGAAGUCAACUACUAUGUUUCAGAUGUUUGAUAAAAAAAAAAAAAAACUACUAUGUUUCAGGGUUGAACAAAAGUCAGAUUUUUAUUAUUUUAAUGCGUGUGUUUGUGCUGGUUCGCGGUAUAACGCGCCCGAUUUAGUGCGCAUAAUUAUGUUUUGAACAAUAGUAAAUUGUGGCAUUAAUU